UGUUGCUGGGCUAGAAUGUCCCAAUUAAGGGAGGUCGCUGCAGCAACUGGUCACACUGUGGUGUUAGUGGACCAGACAGACGAAAUCCUGAAGACCUCCAGGAAAGGGAUUGAGGAUAGCUUGAAAAGAAUGUCAAAGAAGAUGUUUACAGACAAGCCUGAGGCUGCUGCUCAGUUCAUUGAGAAGACCUUAAGUAACCUAACAGUGAGCACAGACCCAGUAUCAGUGGUACACAGCACUGAUCUUGUGGUUGAGGCCAUCGUGGAGAACCUGCAAGUGAAAAAUGAUCUCUUCAAGAGGCUGGACAAAUUUGCUCCAGAACACACAAUAUUUGCAAGCAACACUUCAUCUUUGCAAAUAACAGACAUAGCCAACUCUACCACCAGGCAGGACCGCUUUGGUGGCCUCCAUUUCUUUAACCCAGUGCCUGUGAUGAAGCUUGUAGAAGUCAUCAAGACACCAAUGACCAGCCAAAAGACUUUUGAGUCACUUGUGGAAUUCACCAAAGCAUUGGGAAAGAAUCCAGUAUCUUGCAAGGAUACCCCAGGAUUUGUUGUAAAUCGUCUCUUGGUGCCAUACCUGAUUGAAGCAGUUCGGCUUUAUGAGCGAGGAGAUGCAUCAAAGGAAGAUAUUGAUGUUGCUAUGAAGCUGGGGGCUGGCUAUCCCAUGGGUCCGUUUGAACUGCUGGACUAUGUUGGGUUGGAUACCAGUAAAUAUAUUAUAGAUGGUUGGCAUUCGUUAGAGCCAAACAAUCCUCUGUUUGCUCCUAGCCCCCUACUGGAUAAAUUGGUAGCAGAGAAGAAGAUGGGUAAGAAGACUGGUGAAGGAUUUUACAAAUACAAAUAAACUCCAGGCUAUGAGGGCUGCCAAGCUAUCCAAAUAAGCCUGCGCCAUGCAGCAGUUGUUCUACUACACUAGGAAUGCUGCUUGACCAAGCCUUUCUUAGAAUGUCACAGGCUGUUCUGUGCAUUUUGAUUGUAAUCUGUCUCUCAAGUGAAUGUUUACACCACUUAACAAUUUCUGUGCUGAGGGCCGAUUUGGUAGAUUAAUUUUUCUUGUAAUUCUGAAAUCUUUACACACAUUGUGCCUUUGUGCAGAUACUGUUCUUCCAGGCACAAGACAUUUUCUUGCAGACAAAAGUGAGAACUGAAUUCAUGUAUUUGAACAAAUUAUAUUAACAGGAUAACUUGCGCACAUUUUAGGGAAAAUAAAAUUGUCUGUAUUGAAUCCA